CUUUCAGGCCGUUGUCCCUUUCUCGCUCUCUUAUCGUAAGCAAAAAUGGUGUCCCUAAAGACACAGAAGCGGCUCGCCGCGUCCGUCAUGAAGUGCGGACAGCGCAAGGUUUGGAUUGACCCCAACGAAACCUCAGAGAUUUCCAACGCCAACUCUCGUCAGGGAGUGCGCAAGCUUAUCAAGGAUGGGCUUAUCAUCAAGAAACCCCAGGUAGUGCACUCGCGCUCGCGCGUCGCCUUGCGAACGGAAGCGAAGCGUAAGGGUAGACACUCCGGUGUAGGUAAGCGCAAGGGUACCCGCGAUGCCCGUUUGCCCACUAAGGUUCUAUGGAUCCGAAGAAUGAGGGUUUUGCGACACCUUCUGCGUAAAUAUCGUGAGGCCGGCAAGCUCGACAAGUACAUGUACCACGAGCUAUACCAGAAAUCAAAGGGUAAUCAGUUCAGGAACAAACGUGUGUUGAUGGAGUACAUCCACCGUAAGAAGGCCGAGGCCGCUCGUACCAACAUGUUGGCGUCACAGGCUGAGGCUCGUCGUAAUAAGGAUAAGGCUGCCCGUGAGCGUCGUGCUGCCCGUGUCGCUGAGCGCAAGGAAGCGAUGCUUGGUGCCAAGCCCGAGUAAUUCUAUUCUAAUAUACGUUGUAUUAAAGUUUGAAUUAGACUGCCGAUA